CUCUCAGGCCUCAGGGGCCUCAGAGCAUCUGGGCCACACUGUCUGGGAAGAGCCCUGAGAGUCGCCGCCCGCUGAGGGAUGAGGACGCGACAGCCCGGUGGGACGCGCUUACUGCCUUCGCGGCCCCGAGCGCACAGCGCCCCGGAGCCAGGCUGGGCCUGACACCCUGUCCUCUCCCCUCGCGCACAGGGCUCCGCGAGUGAUCCGCCCGCCAGCGCCAGCCGCAUGGAGCGGCUGCAGAAGCAACCACUCACCUCCCCUGGGAGCGUCAGCUCCUCCCGAGACUCCAGUGUGCCUGGCUCUCCCUCCAGCAUCCUGGCCAAGAUGGAUAACCAGGUGCUGGGCUACAAGGACCUGGCAGCCAUCCCCAAGGACAAGGCCAUCCUGGACAUCGAGCGGCCCGACCUCAUGAUCUACGAGCCCCACUUCACCUAUUCCCUCCUGGAACACGUGGAGCUGUCCAGGAGCCGGGAGCGCUCACUGUCGCCCAAAUCCACGUCCCCACCACCAUCCCCAGAGGUGUGGGCAGAGAGCCGGACGCCUGGAAUCUUCCCUCAGGCUUCAGCCCCAAGAACCACUGGAACCCCCCGGACCAGUCUGCCCCAUUUCCACCACCCUGAGACCUCCCGCCCGGAUUCCAACAUCUACAAGAAGCCACCCAUCUAUAAGCAGAGAGAGUCCGUGGGUGGCAGCCCUCAGAGCAAGCACCUCAUCGAGGACCUCAUCAUCGAGUCAUCCAAGUUCCCUGCGGCCCAGCCCCCCGACCCCAACCAGCCAGCCAAGAUAGAAACCGACUACUGGCCGUGCCCCCCUUCUCUGGCUGUUGUGGAGACAGAAUGGAGGAAGCGGAAGGCAUCUCGGAAGGGUGCAGAGGAAGAGGAGGAGGAGGAAGAUGAUGACUCUGGGGAGGAGAUGAAGGCUCUCAGGGAGCGUCAGAAAGAGGAACUCAGUAAGGUUACUUCCAACCUAGGAAAGAUGAUCUUGAAAGAAGAGAUGGAAAAGUCAUUGCCUAUCCGAAGGAAAACCCGCUCCCUGCCUGACCGGACCCCCUUCCACACCUCCUUGCAUGCAGGCACCUCUAAGUCUUCCUCUCUCCCGGCCUAUGGCAGGACCACCCUGAGCCGGCUACAGUCCACAGACUUCAGCCCAUCGGGGAGUGAGACUGGAAGCCCAGGCUUGCAGAAUGGAGAGGGCCAGAGGGGGAGGAUGGACCGGGGGAACUCCCUGCCCUGUGUGCUGGAGCAGAAGAUCUAUCCUUAUGAAAUGCUGGUGGUGACCAACAAGGGGCGAACCAAGUUGCCUCCAGGCGUGGAUCGGAUGAGGCUUGAGAGGCAUCUAUCCGCUGAGGACUUCUCAAGGGUAUUUGCUAUGUCUCCCGAAGAGUUCAGCAAGCUGGCCCUGUGGAAGCGGAAUGAACUCAAGAAGAAGGCCUCUCUCUUCUGAGGGCCCCCCUCCAUGACUGACUCCCUUGCCCCUGCUGCUUGAGGGCGCUGGAGCUGGGGUCACUAGAUCCCAAAGCAUCCUCUUCCCCUGGUAGGCUGGAGAGGAAGGGGCAGACGCAGGUAGAGGGAGCCGAGGCCCCUGCAGGCCUGGCCACUGCGGCUUGGACUUCCCUGGCCACGAGGAGCCAGACUGCCUCCUCUUCUCUCCCCUGGUCCUCACUGCACAGGGCAACCCAGACGGGGCUCUAGCACACACAGAGUUAAUGUCUGUGCCCUCUCCCUGUCCCUCACCCCCAGCCAGAGGUCCCUAGCAGAGGGUGAGGAGAAAUGAAAGGGCACAUGGUGGUCAGGCCUGGCAGCUGUCUUGAGCAAUGGGUAGGAAGUAGCCAGGCAGUGGCCCCUGUGUGAGCCCACCCAGCACCCCCUACCCACUCCUGUCAGCUUCCCCUGUGCCUGGGCUUCCUACAUCUCUUAACUCCAGCAGGGAGGCUGCCCUGCCCUCCAGCUUGCCCUGACUUCUGCUCUGCUUCGAAGCCUCUUGCUUCAGCUCAUGGCUUCCCCAGAAGCCUUGGCAUAGAGGGGGAUGCUACCUACAACAGCCCCAACCCACUGCCCGCCUCCAGGCCAAGUCAGCAGGAGUUCCACCUUCUAGUGCAAGCCAGGUACUGGGCAGAGGCCAGGCCUUGAGCCUCCCUUGGAUGGGGUCCAGAGGGGUGGCACAUUCCUGAGUGUCCUGGCUACCAGCUCCCACCUGUUCCCACGCACCUCCACUAUGCUCUCUAAAGAAUGUAUUUAUUGGGCCCCCCAGCUGCUUUCCUCAUCUAACUCUCUGCCCUUCCUUAGUCACACUCCCAGCUCUACUUCUUUCCAAGUACACAUGUGUAUAUAAUUAUAUCUAUAUUUUUGCCCAGGUCGGGUUUUGUUCCCACCCGGAGCCUGGCAGCCCUUUCCACUGUGUG